AUGUUGCCAUAUAUCGAUACUCCUUUUACAUAUGCCGCGGGCAUUCUGGGGGCUACGACCGAUGAAUUGAAACUCAUCACUUCCUUCCUCCUGUCGUAUCCAUUUGCAGGACUCUUGAAACGACUUCCAGACUCAAAGCCUGCCUUAAAGAAUCUCUUCAUUAUUGGGGUUUCCUCAUUUUACCUUCUUGGACUCUUCGAUUUAUGGGCUGGUACAAGGACACUGGCCAUUAGUUCUAUCGGGGCAUACUGCAUCGCAAAGUAUGUGCAAGGUCCUUUUAUGCCAUGGAUUGGCUUCGUGUUUUUGAUGGGACAUUUGUCAGUGAACCAGCUGGCUCGACAAUUCGUUAAUGAUCCAGGACUUGUGGAUAUUACUGGUGCUCAAAUGGUUUUGGUUAUGAAACUCUCUGCAUUCUGCUGGAACGUUGCAGACGGUCGACAACCAGAGGAGGAAUUGUCAGAGUUUCAAAAAGAAAGGGCAAUCAGACAACUUCCAAGCUUACUGGAUUACGCUGGAUAUGUUCUCUUCUUUCCAUCUCUUUUCGCUGGUCCGGCGUUCGACUAUGUCGAUUAUAAGCAGUGGAUUACAACCACAAUGUUCGAGGUCCCUGCUGGUGUCGAUCCUUCAAAGAAGGCCCCAACUCGGAAGUUGAGAAAAAUCCCAAGGAGUGCUACUCCCGCAAUGUGGAAAGCUGCCGCAGGUUUGUCUUGGAUUCUUCUUUUCCUAAAGCUCUCGGCAUGGUACUGGCCUGAUCUCUUGAUUGGGGAUGAAUAUAUGACUUAUGGCUUUGCUCGUCGUGUAUUUGUACUUCACAUGGUCGGUAUGACUGCCCGGUUGAAGUAUUAUGGUGUGUGGGCAUUGACCGAGGGUGCAUGUAUCCUCUCAGGUCUCGGGUACAAGGGUAUCGAUCCAGUCACUGGCAAAGUCUCUUGGGACAGACUUCGCAAUGUUGACCCAUGGGGAGUUGAAACAGCACAAAAUACUCGCGCAUAUCUUGGGAACUGGAAUAUAAACACGAACAAUUGGCUUCGAAACUAUAUUUAUCUUCGAGUUACUCCGAAGGGUAAAAAGCCUGGUUUCAGAGCUAGUAUGGCAACCUUCGUAACCAGUGCUUUCUGGCAUGGAUUCUUUCCUGGUUAUUAUCUUGCGUUCAUUUUGGCCAGUUUUAUCCAGACGGUUGCAAAGAACUUCCGACGAUGUUUCCGUCCCUUUUUCAUCGACCCUCAAACAUCACAACCCACAUCUCAAAAACUUUACUAUGACAUUUUCUCCUGGCUAGCCACUCAACUCGCAUUUUCCUUUACAGUCGCUCCAUUUAUACUCCUCACUCUCCCCGCUUCAUUCCUCGUCUGGUCACGCGUCUAUUUCUACGCUGUCAUCGGCACCAUCCUUUCAACCGUUUUCUUUGCUUCACCUGCUAAGCGGCAUUUGAUGAAGAUGGUGAGUGAGAGAACUAGCAAGGCAAACGAAGGGUUGAAGCGUUCGGCCAGUAUGGAAAGUUUGAACGGUAAGGAACCAGUUCUGGGUUUACCAGCUGAUCCAUCGAAAGACUUGGACGAGGCGAUUGAAGAGGCGAUGGCGGAGAUUCAAGCGAGGAAGAGAAAGAGUAAGGUAGAGUUGAAGUAA